UAUCUAUAAAGUUAUAGGCAUUUCAUCAUUUUUCAUCAAGAAAAACGGUACCCUGAAAUUUUUCUUUCAUCAAUAACUGGACAACUGUUUCAGAAAGAAGCAGUGAGUAAAUCCUUUCGGCAAUCCACACACCAAGCCCUUUCCCCUCUCUCUCUCUCUACCCUUUCUCUCUCUAGCAGCUAAAGUGACUCUCUCUCUAGCCAGUGAACUUCAGUACUCUCCCACUCUCUCUCUCUACAGCGAAGGACAAGUGUGUCUCUGAGCAGGUCGGAAUCUCUCCUUCAUCCUUAAUGGAACCCAACUCCGCAUCCUCUCUCCUCUUUCUAUUCCUAAUUUCUCUCUCUACUCCUGUCCUUUCCGACCACAUUUCCGGCAACAUUUCCGGCAAACCCCACCUCUCUGCUCCUUCUCCGGCCUUGGCUCCUCUCCCUGCAACUCACCCUCUCCCUAAAACUCCUCCCUCUUCUUCUCCCUCUUCUUCACCUCUCCCUAAAACUCCUCCCCCUUCUUCUCCCUCUUCUUCACCUCUCCCUAAAACUCCUCCCUCUUCUUCUUCACCUCUCCCUAAAACUCCUUCCUCUUCUUCUUCCCCAUUAGACCCAAAGCAACUCAUUGCUCUCGAAUCUCUAGACAUUCCUCUCUCUAAAGACCCUUGCUCGCAGACCUCACCUCAAAACCUCACUCUUUGCAAUGGUGAAAAGCCCUUCAGGCACCUCAUCUCUCUAAAACUCAUCAACUGCUCAGAUGACUUUCAGAUAUCCCAAACCGCCAUUAAAGCUCUGAGUACUCUUCAGUCCUUGUCCUUUAUGAACUGCCCUAUAGACCUCAUUAAGCUUCCUCCUGAUCUUGCUUCAAAUCUGAGAUCUUUUGUCUGUGUGAACAGUAUGAAAAAGCUCACAGGUGUUUGGCUUAGCAAAAUGGGUAAUCUUACUGAGCUUACAGUGAAGGAUGUCACUGUAAAUGCAAGUGGGGCUUCGAUAAUUCUUGCAAAAAUGAAGGAAAUUAAGGUAGUAAGUAUAUCUGGUACAAAUCUCACUGGUAUUCUCCCUAGAAAAUGGCACCCAAAUGUCACAGAGAUUGAUCUUUCAGGCAAUAGAAUCAAGGGUCCAAUCCCUGCUUCAAUGGUUCAUUUGGGUGAUCUCAAGCUCCUGAAUCUCAGCUCAAAUAGGCUCUCUGGCUCCAUCCCGAUAUCCAUUGGUGAUAUGAUAAUGCUGAGGAACCUCUCUCUAGCUUUGAAUUCUCUGUCAGGGCCGAUACCUGAAUCCAUGGCUGAGAUCCCAUCUCUGGUUCACCUUGAUCUAAGCAAUAACCAGUUUAAUGGCUCGGUGCCUCAUUUUUUAACAGAGAUGAAGAGCUUGAAGUACCUGAACCUUGAGAACAAUAAUUUUCAGGGCCCCAUUCCAUUUAACUCUAGUUUUAUCAAGAAACUGGUUGUGUUCAAGGUUGGUGGGAAUUCAAACUUGUGCUACAAUCACUCCAUUGUUUCUUCAAAGCUCAAGCUUGGAAUAGCGCAAUGUGAUAGCUCUGGUUUACCUAUUACUCCUCCUGAAUCUGCAUCAGAAGCUCCAUCUUCUUCUCAAAACGAUGACACUUCGGACGAUGAUUCAGAUGUCACUGACCAUACUACACAUCAUCAUCAUGGACCUAACACCAUUGUUCUUGUAGUGGUUAUUGGGUUAUGUUCCAUUAUUUUCCUCAUAAUUUUCUGCGUUUUGCUAUCAAAGUGGUGUUCAUGAAAAUUGGUUUCUAUAUAUUUACAUGGUUCCUGCAAUUAAAAUUGGGGAAAUGGUGCAGCUGAAGGAUUAUGGGCUUCUUUUGCAUUAGAGUUGCAGGCAUAGAAAAUGAGCUUUUUGGGUUUUUUUUUUUGGCUGUAAUUGAGGUGGGGUUUCUCUUUUAUGCAUUGUUUGUGAAUCGAACUUCUAUUUGUUUCUCUCUCAUUUCAUUGCUUUUUUUUCAAAUUUUAGAGAGAGAAACACAGUUUUUAAGCUUCUUCAUUUGAUUGGAAGGGAAAGGGGAAAGGGGUUUCCUUGGUUUAGCUGAGAGUAUAGUGUGAAACUGCAAAAGGCUUACAGGUUCUCUGUUCCUCUGGUUUUAUCCAUUUUUGGGGACAUUUUUAUGGUGGAUCUGUUUUCUCUGUUUUUACCCUCAACAGUUUUGUUGUGGAUGUAUAUUACACAAUAUAUUCAAUGUAUCGGGUACUUUGUGAUGAAGGAUUCUGCAAAUGAAUAUGAUGGCC